UUCCUCCUCCGCAGCUGCCCUGGCCGCCCCGCCGGGCCCCGAACUCGCUGGCGCCGGAGAGCUCGGCCCCUCGGCCCUCGGCGCUGGCAGCGCGGCUGGGACGGGACCGAUGUGGCGCAUGCGUGGUGGCGCCACCAGGCGCGGGAGCUGUGGCGGCGGGGAAGGCGGCGGGGACAGCCGCGGGCAAGGCCGCCCGGGCCGCGGUCGUGGGGGUGGCGGCAGCGGCGGCGGCGUGGGCUGGCGAGGCCGUGCGGGCGGCGCCCGACAGCAGCUGGAGGAGCGGUUCGCUGACUUGGCGGCGAGCCAUCUGGAGGCCAUCUGCGCGCGGGACGAGCGGGACCGGCAGAACGCGAGGCUGCGCGAGGAGAACGCCCGGCUGCGGCUCGAGAACCGGCGGCUGAAGCGCGAGAACCGCAGCCUCUUUCGUCAGGCCUUGCGGCUCCCUGGCGAGGGCAGCGACGGGGCGUCCGCGGACUCGGCGAGGGCGACCCCGGUCCCGGAGGAGGCCGGCAUGAACCGGAGGGCGAGGGGCGGCGGCCCCGAGGACGAGCCGGGGAGCCCCAGGGCCCUUAGAGCCCGGCUUGAGAAGCUGGAAGCCAUGUACCGCCGGGCCUUGCUGCAGCUGCACCUCGAACAGAGGGGGCCGCGACCGCGUGGGGACAAGGAGGAGCCCUCUCUGGGCAGCCCUGACUCAGGCCUCCGAGUCCCAGAGCCAGAGCCCUGGCCGUAGCCCGAGGCCGCAGCCUGGAGAGGCGGGGCCUCGCGCAGGCUCCUCCCCCGCUCAGUGCUGCCCCCACCUGGCGCGCGCCCGAGCCGCGCGCUCCCGCCUCGGCCUGGCCCUGACACUUCCGGGGGCGAGCUCUCUGCCGGCAGAGGUUGGGGAGGGCGUGGGGCUGCCUGGGUCCCGCCCUGUCUCUGGCGCGUGCUAGCUUCGGUGGAGAGAGACCUAGCACCGGAGGGGCGGGCUUUAAAACAGCGUGAAAUGGGUGGCAGUCGACCCUUCCUAAUGCCUGAACUUUUCUGGGUGUGGUGAGGACCUGUGGUAUUUUUUUCCUCUGUUUGGAUGAUAGUACAUUUUGAUUUGGCUGGGUUUGUUUUUCAUCAUCUCCUAAAGCCUCCAGCUAGUCUCUCUCAUGUGGCCAGCAUUUUAAGUGUUUGGUUUGUUUUUUAUAAGUCGGUGUUACUUUGGUAUCCUGUGAAGAAUCACCCGUUAAUGCACAAGGUGAUGUUUAUAAUUUAGAAACUCAUGUCUGCCCUGGUUCUAGUCCUUAUACAUCUAAUAUAUACUGAUUUGUUAAUCCCACUCCCCCAUCAUCCACCUGUCCUGGGAAAUUUUAAACUAUCUUCCUAUAAGUAAUCCUUCGAAUUGAUAAAUAAAUUUGGUGCACGGAAACUAACCUAAGGCUAUCCCACGACUGUUAUUUAAAGUGUGUUAAGUAGUUUACACGUUUCCUUAAUAUCUGAACUUGAUUAUCCUUUGUAAGCUAUCAUUCUCUUUUCACUUUAUGUAACAAUGAUCUUUUAAAAUAAUCAAAAAAAUUAGAUAAUCUAAACAUUAUUUUGUAAUUUGCGCACGUUUUAGACUUGACAGAAAGUAGCACACAGCUAUUUUGCUUAAUACGCUAAAGUUUAAAAAUUUUUACGAAAUCAUGAAUUAUAUGUGCAUCAAAAGCCCCAAAACAACAUGAUAUAAGUCUCAAUUGUAAUUUCAAUUCCAAAAAAAUGAGAUUAGUCUUAACAAAUAUUCUAAGAUCAGUUGAUUGUACUUUAUCAGUGAGUAACACUUUUGCCUAUUAAUGAAUAGGUGACAUUGUACCUGGUGGAAAUCAUACGUGUAAAAGAGUGUUUAAGUGGUGGGAAACACUUCAGUUUAAGAAGAAAAAAAAAGAGUUUUGUUACAGUUAGAAAAAAAUAAUAAAUUAGAGUUUUUGUUUUAUUUGUGUCAUACUCCAGAAGUUUCAUAGCCUAUUUCAUGAAACAAGUUGCCAAGGAAAAUAGUUUCGAGAUUUUUCUAAUCCUGGGUAUUGAAGACACUUUGUACAUUUCACUUAAAGAUAGUUGAUAGUUGUGAACAUUAAGAUCUUCCUCUAUGACCAAGAACUAUUAGAAGAAACUUGAUGAGAAUAAGUAGGUAUGUGAAAAGUAUUUCUAUCUUUCUAAUAGGGAAAGAUUUAAAACAUUUUUAGGAGACACUAAGAAUUGAAGAAUAGGCAAAAAGCAGAUUGUCCCUAUUCCUACUUUGGGUGUAAAUUAGUUAAUCUCUCUAUGCCUUAGUUUUCCCCCCAUUAAAAAUUUGUCACCAUUAAAAUUUUUAUAACUACCUCAAAAUGUUAUAAAAGUUUUAUUGAGAUGCUAUAUGCAGAAUGCCUGCUUCAGAAUAAGGGCUGUGUCAAUUUAAAAUCUAAAAGGUGCAAGUUCAAAGUAAAUGUUUUACUUAUACUUUCCUUCUGUAUUUUGCUCCCAUGUGAAUUUAUGGGUUUUAGUAGAUAUGUAGAUUUCGAAUGCACUGACAUUUUUUCUCUCCUUUUAAGCAAAUGGGAGUUAAAGGUUUUAUAAUAAGGAAAUAAUAUAAAAAAUUAGAAAUAAUUCCCAGUUGUGUCAAUUGGCAAUUCAAGAACUAAGCAAAAUAUUCAGUUUACCUAGUUUUAAACACCUUUUGUAUUAAAAUAAUGCACAAUGUAAAUAUGGUGAAAAAAAUUUUUGUAAAAUACUGAGGUACACACACUAAUGAGGAAGUUUUUUGAGCAUAAUUCCUGAAAGGUCUUAAAAAUUCUGAAACCCAAAUGCCCCAUAACUUGAGUUAAGGCUAGUAUGUAUUUCAACUUUGGAAUUUCCCCUCUGUUAACUGAUAAGGCAUCAUGUAGUUUAUAAAAGAUGUUUUGUUUUAUCAAAAUAAGUACUGGUUUAAGAAAUGGAUAAAGUUGAUUUUAGAAAAAUUUUAUCUGGGUUCUAGUUUGAUCUAAAAUAACCUAAAACUGCAGAUUAUCUCUCUUGUUACAAUGACACUUUAUUUUCAUAACUUCAGAUUUGUUGUGCAAUGAAAAGAUAGCUUAUUAUUUAUAGAAACAAGCAACAAAAAUAUGUUGUAUUAACAAGCAAAUUCAGUGAAGAGCACUGGUAUUUUUUUAAUCAGAAAUUUUUAUUGUGUGUACUACUCACAAAUAUAUGCUAUCUUUAUGUUUUUAUCUAUAAAAAUUAGGAUGUAAAUCAAAGUAAUAUAAAGUAUUUUGUAGAUCACAGACCAAGGUAUCUUUGCUAAACUUCUUCAACAUUAUGGAUAUUUGAAAAAUACUUGAAAA